AUGGUGGGGUACCGAUACGAACCUCUUCCAGGCAAGGACUUCAUCAGACUCGUCACCAUUCACCCUGGAGAAUUCGCAGACGACAUCGUCAUCAGUCUGGAAGUCACAGCAUUCCCCCUGGACAACCCACCUGUAUAUGAAGCCCUAUCAUACGUCUGGGGUUUACCGUCGGACCCUGGCCUCGUCCACGUCACAUGCUCCAGAGCCCAGCAGCGCACUACAAUACUCGCCACGCAGAACUUGGUGGUUGCACUUCGUCAUUUGCGCUAUGUCGACAAGCCAAGGGUGAUGUGGAUGGACGCACUGAGCAUCAACCAAAAAGCCGAUGUGGAAAAGAGCUCCCAGGUCGCAAAGAUGGGCGAGGUCUUCCGGCUUGCUACCCGCGUCGUAGCCUGGCUUGGCCCCGAGGAAAACGACAGCGACCACGCUAUAGGGCUGAUGGAAUAUUUCGGCAGCCAGAUUGACGUUGAUUGGGAUUAUGGGUUCGACGAGAUAUAUCUGGCCAAGUCUGAAGCGAUUGUUUUCGCUGGAUUUCGGCGUAUUACCUGGAAUACCCUUCGAAGAGCCCUGCAUCUUCUGCACAUGAAAUGUAUUAGCCUCAUCGGCGUACCCAAUGACUUCGGUCAGAAAUUGAUAUCCUUGGAAGGGUUCAUCUACCAACGACUUGACAUGUCAGUACGUGACUUCAUGUACGUAUUUGGCAAUUCCCGAUGUCAUGACCCCAGAGACCGCAUCUACGGAGCAUUGUCUUUGCUGGAUAAGGAAAACAGGGCAAUAAUCCCCGAACCUGACUAUACCAAGCACUGGGCCCAGAUCUACCAAGAUAUUGCGACAAGAUAUAUGCGGCGCACCACCCGGCUCGACCUCCUCUUGGAUUGCGAGUCCCUUGCAGGUCAGACUUGCGCCAGUUGGGUUCUUGACUGGUCGAGAGAUUCCACUGGGAAUGGCCAGGUUGCUCGUUCGUAUGCCUCGGCCCAGCUAUGCACUAUCAGUCUCAAACCCGAAUCUGGAGUGUUAAAAGUGGUUGGAGUUAGCAAAACGAUCAUCGAACAUAUUGAACCAAUACCGGAUUUUCAGUACUGGGGUUCUAGGGAAGUUUGCGGGUCCCUUAUUGCGCUGCUCCAGAACCUCGAUCUGCAGGGCAAGUACGUCACUGGCAUCGACCUGCUUGAAGCGUACACCAGAAUACUGCUCUGCGCGUUACGGCCCUGUGGCGGCGGGAGGUUCCUUGUCGUCGGCGGAUGCUUUGUAGAGGGAAUAUCGCAAGGGGAGGCUUUGCUUGGGACGCUUCCACACGGUGUUCGAACGGUCAGUAUCUACGUAGAGGCGUAUGGUCGGUAUUAUCCGGGUCUCGUGGAUAGCUCAUCGGGAAAGACAUUCUUCGAGGAUCCGCGACUGGCAUCGCUGCCACUGGAUCUAGGAGACUUCCGCAUACGUCUAUCAAAAGACCCAAGAGCAACUAUGGUCAUCGAUCCGGACGUCCUACAGGCUCGCGGUGUCGACAUCAAAACGUUCUCGCUCGUUCAGACAUGA